CGCAAAGCAGCCAAUCGAACCGCUUCUUCUCUCAAAAAACGCCACCCAAUUGCCGCCGUUCGCAUCUCCAGGCGGCAACCUUCCAUACCCACUCACUUUCCAAUAAUCAAUGGCGGCGGCUCCGCUCUUCUUCUCCUUCCUUCUCAGGUUUUAGCAUAAGCUGUGCUGGUAUUUGGGGAGAUGGAAGAGCCGGGGCAACUUAAAAGGGCGUUUAUAGAUGCGACGGCCGGUUCUAUCUCAGGAGCUAUAUCUCGAACAGUUACUUCCCCCCUUGAUGUUAUUAAAAUCCGGUUCCAGGUUCAACUGGAACCCACUACUUCUUUUGCAUUGCUCAGCAAAAAUGUAUAUGGGACCUCUAAAUAUACUGGAAUGUUUCAAGCAUCUAAAGACAUCUUUAGAGAGGAAGGCCUAUCGGGCUUUUGGCGUGGCAAUGUCCCAGCACUUCUCAUGGUCAUGCCAUACACGGCUAUACAGUUCAUGGUGUUGCAUAAAGUGAAAACUUUUGCCUCUGGAUCCUCCAAGUCGGAAGAUCACAUUCAUUUAAGUCCAUACCUGUCUUUCAUGAGCGGCGCGCUAGCUGGAUGUGCUGCUACUGUUGGGUCCUAUCCGUUUGAUUUAAUACGAACCAUUUUAGCUUCUCAAGGGGAGCCAAAGAUAUACCCGAAUAUGAGGUCGGCAUUUGUUGAAAUCAUGAACACCCGUGGUUUUCGUGGGUUGUAUGCUGGAUUAUCGCCCACUCUAGUUGAGAUUAUCCCGUACGCUGGCUUGCAGUUUGGUACUUACGACACAUUCAAACGCUGGACAAUGGCCUGGAAUGGACGGUGGUCGUCAGGUGCAACACACCCUGAAGAGCCUAUCACAAGCUUUCAGCUUUUUCUUUGUGGGCUCGCUGCCGGAUCAUGUGCUAAGGCUGUUUGUCAUCCUCUUGAUGUUGUCAAGAAGCGAUUUCAGAUUGAAGGAUUGCAAAGACAUCCGAAAUACGGAGCUCGAGUGGAGCAUCGUGCUUACAGAAACAUGUACGAUGCACUGAAACGGAUCAUGCAACAGGAGGGGUGGGCGGGACUUUACAAAGGGAUCGUGCCAUCGAUCGUGAAAGCCGCACCUGCUGGUGCCGUAACGUUUGUUGCAUACGAAUAUACAUCGGAUUGGGUGGAGUCCGUUUUGACGACAUAAUCUCAUUUUUACUCGUAAUAAUUUUGGUUUAUAUAAAUUCUUUUUGUAGCAGGAAUGAAUGAAGGAAUUCUAAUAGGAUUACAUCAAUAAACUCUAAUUUCACUUUUCUUUUGUAGCUCCAAGAAACGUAAAUGAUUGAUUUCUUGAUGGUACAUCAAUUAUUUUGUUU